ACCAGGAUCUUUUCACCAUGGCUAAGUCAAGGAAGCCUCAGGUCUCUGGUGUGGUGAUAAGGUUGCUUUCUGUACUUGUAUUGCAGCUGCCACAUCUUGUGCUAACUGCCUCGAAGGACAUAGUGUGUGAACCCAUCACGGUGCCUAUGUGUAAAGGAAUUGGCUAUAAUCUUACUUAUAUGCCCAAUCAGUUCAAUCAUGACGCGCAGGAGGAGGUGGGAUUAGAAGUGCACCAAUUUUGGCCUCUGGUCCGAAUCCGCUGCUCUCCUGAUUUGCUAUUUUUUCUCUGCAGCAUGUACACCCCCAUCUGUCUCCCGGACUACAAAAAGCCAUUACCACCAUGUCGCUCUGUCUGUGAGAGAGCCAAGAGGGGUUGCUCACCACUUAUGAUCCAGUAUGGCUUUGAGUGGCCUGAGCGCAUGAGCUGUGAGCGGUUGCCCAUGUUGGGUGACCCAGACCGACUGUGCAUGGAUCAGAACAACAGUGAGUCCACAACGGUAUCACCAUCAGUCCCCAAACCCACUCACAAAGGCUCGACUAGACAUCGCUCCACAUCCAAAUCUCUUGCAGCUCAGAAGUGUGACUAUGAGUGCCGUUGUCGUGAGCCUCUAGUACCCAUCAAAAAAGAAACACAUCAGUUGUUUAACCACGUGGAAACAGGGUCUUUCCCCAACUGUGCAUUACCCUGCUACCAGCCAUACUUCUCACAAGAUGAACAUGCCUUUACUACGUUUUGGAUUGGUCUGUGGUCUGUUCUGUGUUUUAUCUCCACUUUGACCACAGUUGCCACCUUCCUUAUUGACAUGGAGCGAUUUAAGUACCCUGAGCGUCCUAUUAUCUUUCUCGCUGCCUGCUACCUUUUUGUGUCCCUGGGCUACAUUGUGAGGCUGCUGGCAGGCCAUGAAAAGGUGGCAUGUGGAGGCUCAGGUGACCAGCAGCACAUCCUGUAUGACACUACAGGACCGGCUUUGUGCACUUUGGUCUUCCUGCUGGUCUACUUCUUCGGAAUGGCCAGCUCUAUCUGGUGGGUUGUUCUCUCCUUCACCUGGUUCCUGGCUGCUGGCAUGAAGUGGGGCAAUGAGGCCAUCGCUGGAUACUCACAGUAUUUUCAUCUGGCAGCCUGGCUCGUGCCUAGUGUAAAAACAAUUGCUGUUCUGGCCCUCAGCUUUGUUGAUGGAGAUCCUGUUGCCGGAAUCUGCUACGUGGGCAACCAAAGCUUGGAAAGCCUGCGAGGAUUCGUGUUAGCACCAUUGGUAGUCUACCUCUUCUCCGGGUCGUUUUUUCUGCUGACUGGGUUUGUUUCACUGUUCCGCAUCCGCAGUGUCAUCAAGCAAGGUGGCACCAAGACAGACAAGCUGGAGAAGCUGAUGAUCCGUAUCGGAUUGUUUACUGUGCUGUACACAGUGCCAGCCAUGAUUGUUGUGGCAUGCCUGGUCUAUGAGCAGCACUACAGGUCAGGCUGGGAGCAGGCGCUAACCUGUACCUGUCCCUCUGAAAGGCAACAGCUUGACCUGGGGCCUGACUAUGCUGUCUUUAUGCUUAAAUACUUUAUGUACCUGGUGGUUGGCAUCACCUCUGGUGUGUGGAUUUGGUCAGGAAAGACUAUUGAGUCAUGGAGAAAUUUUGUGGCACGAUUUUCCAGGACCAGAAAACCAGCUAACACAGCUUCAUCUAUGUAUCGUGAAGCUAGCACUGCAUUAACUGCCCGGGUGGGAUCUGCUUUACCUGGAUCGUACCACAAACCUGGUCUGCCAUCACAUGUCUGA